AUCAAUCAUCCACACACACACACACACAAACACAAGAACGCAACAAUAUCUCUCUGAGCCUCCUCUUUCUUUCAUUCCCUCCAUAUCUUGAUUCUCUCUCUCUCUCUUGUUCUCUUCAUUCUUAAAACUGCUUCUGAACUUGUCUGUUAAUCUCUCAGCUUGGCCUGAGAAGGGCAUUUGUCAGAAGUAAAUAUUGCUGCUUGUUUCAGAGAGCUCACUUGUAGAGGUUGAUAGUUGAAGAAGAAGAAGAAGAUGAAGAUACAGUGUGAUGUGUGCGAGAGAGCACCGGCGACAGUGAUAUGUUGCGCGGAUGAAGCUGCGCUGUGUGAGAAAUGCGAUGUGGAGAUUCACGCGGCAAACAAGCUCGCGAGCAAGCACCAGAGGCUUCUCCUCAACUGCCUCUCCAACAGCCUCCCUCCCUGUGACAUUUGCCGGGAGAAGCCGGCGUUCAUAUUCUGUGUCGAAGACCGAGCUCUCUUCUGUCAGGACUGUGAUGAACCGAUCCAUUCAGCGGGGAGCCUCUCUGCAAACCACCAGAGGUUCCUAGCCACCGGAAUUAGGGUGGCUCUAAGAUCUAGAUGUACCAAGGAUGCCGACAAAACCUACUCGGAACCACCGAACCAGAGCUCUCAACCAGUUAAAACACCCCGCCAACAGGCUUCUGUCUCGACUUCGCCAUGGGGCGUCGAUGACUUGUUGCAGUUAGCGGAUUUCGAAUCUUCUGACAAGAAAGAGCAGCUCGAGUUUGGAGAGCUAGAGUGGCUUGCAGACAUGGGGCUUUUCGGCGAUCAUAUCCCACAAGAAGCGGCUGAAGUACCUCAGCUGCCGAUGCCGCAGUCGAGCAACUUCACUUCCUCCAAGACCUCCAAAUUCAAUGUCUCUCACAAGAAGCCAAGGAUUGAAACAUCGGACGAUGACGAGGAGCACUUCACCGUCCCUGAUCUCGGAUGAGAAUGGAGGAGUUAACUUUCGAGGGUAACGGUUGAUAGAUUUGUUCAUAGUCUGGUGUGUUAGUACCUAGUUACAUAUAUAUGUGUGCACACGUAAUGCAUAUACAUCUUAAAGUUACUCGUUGAAUUGCUUUAGAAGCCGUCCUCAAUAUCAUGGGUUAGAAGAAGGGCUAUUUCUUCUACUAGAUUUCGUUUCUUUUUCUUUGUUAGAAUUACACUUAAAAUUGACGGCUCUGUAUUAAAUGUUUCUGCUUAUGCGUUACUUUGUGACGA